CUAAGUUGGCUCAAGUGGUGUUUCUCGAUCAAGAGGUGAAGCUUAUAUGGAGUCGACAUUGGACUCCAGUCAAGUUUUUGUACUUUAUCCUUCGGGUACUUGGGAUGGUAUACGGGAUUACCAAUGUCUUUAACUAUGCGCCUCGCCAUGUAUCGGAUGCAAGCUGCGUCGCGUACGCGUGGAUUGUCCCAUUGUCUGAAGCGCUAGGCUUCACUUUCCUUCAGCUCGUCAUGAUCCUCCGACUAUAUGCCAUGAGCAAUAGAUCGAGGCCACUUCUCGCGCUAUUGCUGGUGGGAUAUAGCGUCGCUCAAGGGAUCCUGUACACGGAUACUCUACGCAACGCCGUUGACAUCGGUUUAACGACAACUAACAGACAUCCAUACGGAUAUGGCGGUCUCUGUCUCGCGGAAAGCGGCAACUUGAUCGAGCCGUUGCUGAGAGGACAGUACGCCUCAUUGCUGGCAUUCGAGGCGUUGAUGCUGGUCAUCUCCCUCAUCUUCUUCGUCAAACAUCUCAAGCAGUCUACGGGAAUGUUGGGACGGUGUUCAACGAGGAACAUGGUCGUCGUCCUCGUACGGGACAAUGUUCUUUACUUCUUCGUAACGGCCGCGAUUUUUGCAGCGGAGUCGUUGAGUGGGAAGGAGGUUGACUGGGCGCCUGUUGACCACGUCGCGUUUGAUGUGUUCAAUGGAGUGAUGUCUGGAUUUGUUGUGGGCAUUGUCGGGCCGCACCUGAUCCUGAGCAUUCUCAGCAACCACGCGGAAGCGACUCGCGGCGGUCCUUCCAUCCAGCUAGCUGAUCUGACCACAGUGAACUUCUCCGGUGGAAGGACAGGCUUAAACGAUCCUCUUGUGUCUUAUGUGCCUUGA